AUGGGGCCCCCGGGCAAUAGGGGAUCAUGGGGCCCCUGUGUCCUUGCCCAAACUCAAAAAAACCUAUGAAAAAGACAUUUAUAAAGUGUCAGAAUCACCUCCUGAACGCAUGACAGCCGCUGCUCUAUUGCCCUGUGGUGAAUCGCUUUUCAGAGGGCGGUAUGUACUACCACCAGGGGCGGACUGACAAUUCAUGGGGCCCCCGGGCAAUAGGGGAUCAUGGGGCCCCUGUGUCCUUGCCCAAACUCAAAAAAGCCUAUGAAAAAGGUACCAAGGGCAUCUCAUGGGGCCCCCUACUGACCCCGGGCCCUCGGGCAGUGCCCGAGUUUCCAAAUGGUCAGUCCGCCCCUGACUACCACCCA